ACAACGAGUGAUCAUCCUAUAUGUGAACAAUAGAACAAUAAAGUUACGAGCGAAUAAAGGUUUCUUAUUUCGAUUUUUAAGAAUGCAAAUAGUCUGUGUAAAAAAAAGGUGAAAUAAUUUGAUGAGUCAUAGUUAAACAUUAUAUGAGCAUUUAAAGAUUAUAUUUUCUCUAUGAUUUAUUCCAUCGUUUUUUCGAAACUUUUAAUCAUCAUUUUUCUAUAAUAACAUAGUCACUUUUUUUAGGGCAUAAUUGUCAAAGUAAUAACUGCAAAAUUAGGAGAAAAAUAUCAGAAGAAAAAGGCUGUUGUAAUAAAAGUUGAAAAUCGAUAUCAAGCUGUCAUUAGAAUGAUUGAUUCAGAUGAUAAAAUUCGUGUAGAUCAAGCACAUGUUGAAACAGUUAUACCAGCUGUCGGAAAAAAAGUAUUAAUUGUCAAUGGAGCAUAUCGAGGAUGA